GGGGUCUAUUUCACUCUGGAUGCGUCUGCAAGAGAUCAACGCUCAGAAGCAGAGACGUAGCAUCAUGAAGGAAAGCUCGGAUGGUCUCGUUCAAGUGUCAGCGGUCCCCGGCACGAAAAGCCAUUGUUUGUUAGCCGGGCGCCCGGAGGGGGUUUUACAGCCUGCCGAGGGGCUGGCAGAGGACGCGACGGAACCGACUCUGCUGGGAUGCAGGGCUCAAGAAGGCUGCCCGGAGGCAUCAGCACGGCUCUGCGAUCGCAUUUCCCUCCCCCCAGAGGCUCCGCAGCCCGCACAUUGGCUAGCUCGGGUCCCGCCGGGGGCGCCCCGCAAUCUGAGACGCCGUCGCAGCCGCGAGUGGGUUAAAGGAAAGCCAAUGGCUGUGGAGAGGCCGGAGCGGGCCUGCUCGCCUCGCCUGCCGACCUCCAUUAGAGACUCCAACAAUAACACCCCCCCCCACCCACACACAAAAUGGAUCCCUCCCUCCCGUUACGAGGGCACCUCGAAUUCCCAAGUGAUCCUGAGACAGAAACCAGCACCCCCCUCCCCGGCAGAUGACUAUAUCACUGUCAUUCCCAUUCAAGGUCCCAGAGACACGCUGUGGAAUUGUUUACCAGAAGUGCAAGUUUGAAGGAGACUCAGAAGAAGAGGUCGUUACUGAUUAAGCAACAGAGCGAAAAAAAACAAAUCCUCUAAUGACUGUGUUCAGACUGAAGACUGAAUAGGAACUGCACUGCCCACACGGCAAUUGACUCACAAGAUAAAAACUUCACAAGAGAUUCCAAAAAAGAUGCAGAGCAAGCAGCAAACAGGAAUGAUAACAGCAACAAAUUAGCCUCUGAUGUAUUGCUAAUAAAGUCAGUGGAAUUUCAUCAGAGUUGAAUUAAAUCUAGAAUCUCUUUUUGGCAACUCAAAAUAAAUAUCGCUAAUGUUCUUAGAAGAAACACCAAAAGAUCAAGAUCUCUCCUACUGAACUGACCUGAUGCACAUUGGUUGACACAUUGUUUUUAACCUUUAUAUUUAGGGGUGUCUUCUGAUGUCUCCCUUUUUUCUUCUUGUUUACAUUUCCCUUUACAACUACCCUCAAUGGCUCCAUGCCCUAGCAAUUCUCCCUCUGCCUGAAGUGGGAUGGACAUGGCUUACUCCAUGGCUUCUCAACACCAUUCUGUGUUGACCAGGGUGGGGGUUGUUCUAGACUGAUGCAUACACAGUGUCUCUCCACCCACUGGCCCAAGGGUUGAGCAAAGGCCAGUCCUCUUGGACUCUGUAACUGGGGUGGAGAGUGGCGUUAACCCCACUACUUUAUCCCUGGCCACCUUUUUUUACUCCACUUGUUUGAACAACUGCAGUAUGGUGUCUCACCUUUAGCCCAGAGAGUGUCUACUUUGUUUAACCACUGCACAAGUCACCUGGAAUGUAGUGCUACCAAGGGGCAAUACAUGUACUCUACCACUGCAGGUAAUUACAAUUUCCAGCCUCUUUUGUCUAAGCAAAGAAAUCUGCCUGUUGCUGACAAUGCAGUUGAACUCCAGUGUAUCCUGAACUUAGCUUAACUACAAGCCAAUAAAAGGGCAUUCCACAUUCAUUCCUGUAUGACUGUAGUUUCUGAAAGAACACUGAACGUGGUUUGUGCUUAUAUACAAAUUGUUAGAUCAGCAAUGGUUAACUUUCUCACUGCAGACAAAACUUUUCAGAGAGCCUAGUAACAAGAAUUCUUAUUUAGUUUGAUUCUUGUAUCUCCCGGUUUGCUGCCUAAUGUUGCUUCUUUUGCAUAUUUGCAUAGCUAUACCUGUUAGUAUGGCAUUCAUGACAAAGCAAUAGGUCUACAGCACUUCACAAACAGUACAUCCCCAUUUACAAGUACAGCUGAGAAGCAGUCUGUAAAGUGCCUGUUCUGUGAAGUUUGCGAUAUGAAACUAGUGAACUGGAGAAGAUUGCAGAACUGGGAUGAAAAUUUUAGGAGAGCCAGUUAAACAUUUCAGUAGAGCUUUGUCAGCAAUGCAGAGCUAUAUUUGAAUCAAAAGAAUAUAGUUUAAUGGAAAAAAUAGAAUACAGUUUUAUAUUCUGUUAACAUGAAUAAAUUCCCUUUAAUGUGUACCAUGUUACUGAUAAUGUUUCCAUUUCUCCAGUUAAUUUUUGGGUAGAGUUUCCCCACAUAUUGUUUAAAGAAAAGUAAACUCAUUUGUAGGUAUCAUACAGAUACAAUCAAAUUGUAAAACUUUUAUGGAAUAUUUUAAAUUCUAAGGGCAAUUUACUAACUA